AUGGGCCGAGGCGCGCAGCCUGGGGCGGGUGGCGGAGAAAUCUCCAGGGGUAGGGGCCCCUCGGGGGGCCCUGGAAGUGCUGUGACCCCCUGCCGUGGACUCCCUUGGGGUGGACCAACCCCUUGGCCCCCGGCCUCGAGGCCCUUCGACGCCUCGGCGGCCUCCCUGGGCCAACUGCAGGGCGUCCAGCUCUCCUACCUGCCUGUGGGCUACGCCCCCGGGGGCUGGAGCCGGCCCCGGGCGCGGGGUCGGCCCUACCCGGGGAGGGGACCCGGGGGGGCAGGGAGGAGAGGGGAGCUUCUGGGGCUUGGGGAGGAGGGGGAGGGGAGCCGGGGGCCCACCCGCUCUGCCCUCCCCCCUCUCCGCUCCCAGUCGCAGGCCCCGUUCGCCCCCUUCCCCAGCCCCGGCUUGUCUGAGGAUGAGGAGUUCCCGAUGGACAGCCCGGCCCUGGAGGUGUCCGACGGCGGGGGGCCCAAGGGGCCUGAGGGAAAGGGGGCCCCCGUAGGUGCCCGGAAGAAGCUGCGCCUCUACCAGUUCCUGCUGGGGCUGCUGACGCGGGGGGACAUGCGCGAGUGCGUGUGGUGGGUAGAGCCGGGCGCCGGCGUCUUCCAGUUCUCCUCCAAGCACAAGGAGGCGCUGGCCAGGCUCUGGGGCCAGCAGAAGGGCAACCGCAAGCGGAUGACCUACCAGAAGCUGGCACGGGCCCUGCGCAACUACGCCAAGACGGGGGAGAUCCGCAAGGUCAAGAGGAAGCUCACCUACCAGUUCGACAGCACCCUGCUGACCCCCCGGCGGGCGUGAGGGGCCCUGCGCUGC